GGCGGCCUGACCUUGGAAGCGGAACGGGGUCCUGCGGCAGGUCCUUCCGGGCUGGUGACAUUCAGCCGGCCAGUCGGCCUGACGGCCUUUCAGUCCUGGAACCAUGGCCCAGUUUGUCCGUAACCUCGCGGAGAAGGCCCCGGCGCUGGUCAACGCUGCUGUGACUUACUCGAAGCCUCGAUUGGCCACAUUUUGGCACUAUGCCAAGGUUGAGCUGGUUCCUCCAACCCCUGCUGAGAUCCCUACAGCUAUUCAGAGCUUGAAAAAAAUAGUCAAUAGUGCUCGAACUGGUAGCUUCAAACAGCUCACAGUUAAGGAAGCGCUGCUGAAUGGUUUGGUGGCCACUGAGGUGUGGAUGUGGUUUUAUGUCGGUGAGAUCAUAGGCAAGCGUGGCAUCAUUGGCUAUGAUGUUUGAAGACCAGUUUUCAACAUAUGAUCAUAUUUGGUUUAUUCUUGGACCAUGUAUUUGAAUAAAAUAACGUGUCAGAAUCAGUGUUUUCUCUAUCAAACACCACAUGGAAGGUCACAGUUUCUGCUGAUACUAGGUUGGGUUGUUUUUUGCUUUAAUAUAUUAAUAUAGCUCUAAAUGCAUGUCUUUGCUUAUUUAGCCUGCAGUUGGAAAGGCUAUAUUUGAAUAUACCAACCUGGUGUGUAUAUGAGGAUAACAUUUUAUUUUGAAGGCUUGCAAUUAAAUGAUAUUUAAGCUUCAUUUCUAGAAAAGUCAGGGGAAAGACUGAGAAAACUAGAACUUGCUCCAGUAGGAGAAAUAUUACCACCAUGUGCCAAACAUAAUGUAGUUAAAUCAUGGCAGUAGUAUAAAGAAUAAAAUGUGGACUGUUUUUCUUUGCUAAAAUCAGAAAGACCCUUUUGACAACACCUAUGUCUAUAAAUGUGUGCUUUUUGUGAACUUGAAUAUAGCCUCCCCAGGAGAGAACAGCAAAGUGAUACUCUGUGUAUCUUUGUAACAUCUUAACACUAAAACAGUGAAUGAAACCAGUGACCUGUAUUUUUCAUCUAAUUUUAACAUGUGUUAUGUUAUUAAUCUUUUUUUAAGCACCUAUCUUUGCAAUGAUAUAAUAUCCUGUAGAUAUUUAACAGGGUUAUAAUUUAGUAUCAUUCAUGGGUCUAAAUAGUAUAUUAUGUCCUGAAAUAAAUACAGGUGAUUAGGUA